AUGGGUGCAGGGUCCAACUGGGAUGGGCACUGGGUCUGGCUGGGAUGGGGGCCAAGUCCAGCUGGGACGAGUGCAGGGUCCUGCCGGGAUGGGAGCCCUGACGGGUUCGCCCUGACGCCCGCCUCUGCCGACAGCAAGGCCACGCUGGCCGACAUCGUGGAGCAGCUGCAGGAGAAGGAGUCGUCCGGCCCCGUCCCGGCGCCGGCCCUGGCUUCCCUGGGUCUCCCCAAACCCCCCAGACCUCUCUAUUCUUUUCAGUGCCCCCCCGGGGUCUUUCUGGUCACUCUGACCUGCACCCUUGCCCACAGGUUCAGCACAUCUCGGCAGACGCUGACCUGGAUCUCAGACUCGUUCUUCUCCAGCCUCCUGAGCGGGCGCAUCUCCACCCUGAAGGAUGAGACAGGAGCGAUCUUCAUCGACCGGGACCCCACUGUCUUUGCCCCGAUUCUCAACUUCCUGCGGACCAAGGAGCUCGACCCCCGGGGCGUCAGCAUCUCGCUGCUGCUGCACGAGGCAGAGUUUUAUGGCAUCACCCCGCUAGUUCGACGCCUGCAGCUGCGGGAGGAGUUGGAUCGGUCGUCCUGCGGGAGCGUCCUGUUCAACGGGUACCUGCCGCCCCCAGGUAGGGCUGAGCUGUGUGUGGAGAGGGGAAAUAGCAUGUGCCAACCCAACAGGGUCAUGGCUCACCAGGAGCCCCCAAGGAAGGGGUUGGCAGGGGUGGCUGGCCCCUCUCAGUGGGGUUCCUACCGUGGCUGCCGGUACGGAUGGACACUGGGGAAGGGUACUGGAUCACCAGGAUGCCUAGUCCUCUCCUGGCUCUGCAGCAUGUGCUCAUGCCCUGUCCAUCUCUCUGCACCAGGCACAGCCAGUGACCCAGGCAUGGUCCGGAUUGUCUGUGGGCACCACAACUGGAUCGCCGUGGCUUACGCCCAGUUCCUCGUCUGCUACAGGAUGAAGGAAACGUCAGGCUGGCAGCAAGUGUUCUCCAGCCCACGGCUGGACUGGGUGAUCGAGCGCGUGGCCCUAAACGCCAAGGUGCUUGGCGGGUCCUUGGGUGACCACGACAAGAUGGUGGCAGUGGCAUCCUGUAGCGAGAUCAUCCUCUGGGCACUGCAGGCUGAUGGCAACGGCAGUGAGAUUGGUGUCUUUGUUCUGGGGGUCCCUGUGGAGGCCCUCUUCUUUGUUGGGAACCAGCUCAUUGCUACUAGCCACACGGGCAAGAUCGGCGUCUGGAACGCUGUCACCAAGCACUGGCAGAUUCAAGACGUCGUCCCCAUCAACAGCUACGAUGCCGCUGGCACCUUCCUGCUCCUUGGUUGUAACAACGGCUCCAUCUACUACGUGGAUGUGCAGAAGUUUCCCCUGCGCAUGAAGGACAACGACCUGCUGGUUACAGAGCUGUACCGUGACCCCUCAGAAGACGCUGUGACGGCCCUCAGUGUCUACCUCACACCCAAGAGCAGUGACAGCGGGAACUGGAUUGAGAUUGCGUAUGGCACCAGCUCGGGGGUUGUGCGGGUCAUUGUGCAGCACCCCGAGACUGUGGGCUCUGGCCCCCAGCUCUUCCAGACCUUCACAGUGCACCGGAGCCCCGUCACCAAGAUUAUGCUGUCGGAGAAACACCUCAUCUCUGUCUGUGCCGAUAACAACCACGUGCGCACCUGGACGGUGACCCGGUUCCGCGGGAUGAUCUCCACGCAGCCCGGCUCUACCCCCCUGGCCUCCUUCAAAAUCCUCUCCCUGGAGGAUAUCGAUGGCCACGCAGGCUGCAGCGCUGGCACCGACAUCGGGCCCUUUGGAGAGCGCGAUGACCAGCAAGUUUUCAUCCAGAAAGUGGUGCCAGAUGCUUGCCAGGUGUUUGUGCGGCUUUCAUCCACAGGCAAGAGGAUCUGCGAGGUGCGCUCCGUGGACGGCACAGCCAUCACGGCCUUCAUGGUGCACGAGUGCGAAGGCUCGAGCCGCAUCGGCUCCCCCCCCCCCCGGUACCUCUUCACCGGCCACGCGAAUGGCAGCAUCCAAAUGUGGGAUCUCACCACUGCCAUGGAGAUGUUGGGAAAACCGCCAGAAGCUGGGGGCCUGACGGAAGAGGAGCUACUGCAGCAGCUGGAACAGUGCGAUCUGGCCCUGACCCGGACCCCAGACAUGAGCCCUGCCGGCUCCUUCGCCCACUCCAGCACCCCGCGGGCCUCCAUCACCAGGUACAGACCAGCCUGGGCCUUGCGGAGGGGUGGGCUUGCAGGACGGAUGGAGCCGCCUGCUCCCAGCCCUGGGAUCGCUCCCAGCCCUGGGAUCGCUCCCAGCCCUGGGAUCACUCCCAGCCCUCCCACUGCGGGCGACAGCUUCCCCAUCGUCCCGCUGGCGGCCCCCAAGUCCCGGCUCAACGAGACGUCCUUCUGA